AAGUAUCAAACUUGUCCAAGUUUGACUACGAUAAGGGGCGGUUGAAUUCUCCCAUGAUGUGAUUUCUUGAUUCUCUUCAUCUUUGGGCCGUGAUCAUGUCGGUUGGAGUUUCGAUGUGUAGGUUUAGAAAGCAGUUGCCAAAGGGACAUGGAAAAAUGACUAUCGGCAGUGGAUGCGUCGUCCAUCGAAAAUUCAAUUCCGACGGCUCGAAUUCGAAGGAGGACGUUUUCUUGGUCACCACAACGCAAGUCGUAACUAAGCAAGAGCUGCUCGCGAAAAAUACGGGAAUAACAGUUGAAUUUCUCAACAAACGGGAGUCCUUUAGUUUGGAUUCCGCAGAAGUGUUCGACAUCCCUGAUCCUGUGCAUGGAGGAGUACUGGCAGGAAUGGAGAGCAGCGAAGCCAAGAGGAUGCAGCAAGAAUCGGCUCAAGUGUCGUUCAUCUUUAUACCCGUGCACAAAUUUGAUAGCAGAAAUGUAUUGGUUAAGAAAUUCAUCCCUUUUAUCACUUUCAGUCUGGAAAAGAAACGUGCCAUGCCCUCCAGGUCUCAAAGUGAUGAAAUCUUGCAGUCUUUCAUCGCAAGUAGAAAGGUGCUGUGCCAUGUUCUUUCCGACUCUGGCAGAGGAGACGGCUACUAUAACACCGAGCCAUACUGCCUCGAGUUUCGAGAUGAAACCAACGAUUUCAUUCUAACUACAGUAACUGACCGUGAUGGCGCAGCAGUUGAGAGUCAGAAGGAUCUCCACAGAGAGGAGAAACCAUGGGGAGCUAUCCUUAUGAACGAAGAAGGAGAGUUCGUGGGAAUGCUAGCUGUUGGAACCUCACAACAAAAGAAAUUGUAUCCCUUGUUCCUGCCGACGCUGGCCCAAGACAAUCAGUCUAGUGAAGGGAACCAAGAAGCUGUUAACCCAAAUUUAGAUCAGCCAUAUAGCCAAAAAGAACAACUCAAUUCAAACCUUGCAAAUUUGGACCAAAGGACAGUAAAUGGUUGUACUCCAGAUGAAGAAAGAAUCAGUGAUGACAACAAAAAAUCACUUCUGUUGGUGGAUUUGCCAAAGUCAGCAGAUGCAUACCCUAGACAAGAUGAAAUGCCAGUUUCCAGUAAUUUACCCUCAUCUACAAAAGAAUUUGCCACAUUUGAUGAUCAAUAUGAUCAUGAUCCAGUGGAUAUCCAAGACUCAGAACCCUCCUCCUGGGAGGUGAAUACAAAUGCUCACCAACAGGGUAGACAAAACAUUGCAACUCAACAUUCCUAUCAAAGUGCAUCAUUUUCAUCUGUACAAGGUUAUGGUGUUCGUGAGACCCCAAGUUUGCCUCCUGAGAAGGACAGACCCCCUAGAAAUCGUUCUUCCAAUGGGCAGAGUCGCCAUGGUGACACCCAUCUGCCUUCUUUUCCCAGAAGCCAGAGUGACGUGUUUGGUCCAGGAACCCCUAAUCAAAGCCCACGUAUAACUCGUCACAACACAAUUCCAAGUAAAAAGCUAGAGCAUAUUCUGCCAGGGUCUUUUUUGAAGGACAAAAUUGUCAGUAGGGAAGAUGCCAUGGAUGUUCUUAUCCUCCAUCUGGACAGAUCAGUCUGUCUUGCUCCUGGGAUUCCAGCCACUCAACGUUGGGAGCAUCUUGCUGACCACUUUGAGGUACCAGACGAUAUAAAGAGUCAAUGUGCAAAUUUCUCUGGAAAGCUGAGCUCAAGUGAAUCAUUGUUUGAGCACUUAUGUGCAACACAAGACUCCCUUACAGUGAAAGAGGUCAAAAGCUGCCUCAAGAAACUUGGACGAAAUGAUGUUGUCGCGGAGCUCGAGAAAAACAGUCACCUCAAAGGUAACCCUUCGACACCUUAUGAAGCACAAGUUUGUUCUUAUCUAUAAUGUGAGACAUUUUGAAUUGACUUAGUUUACCUUCCGCCCAACUUUGGUUACUUGACUCUGGACGUCGUCAUAUUACGCAGCGGCUCGUGAUCAGUUAAUCAUCAGAGAUUUCACAAUUCUUGGCAACAUGUAUCACCUUUAGCUGGUUGGGUUUUAGAGCUAUUGAAACGAAACAAAACUCCAUGAAAACUGUAGCGGAAUAUUUUUCACAAUUGACCUAAGCAAUCAAAUGCAUUAACUAAAUAACGGUUACCAAAAACAAUUAAUCGCGAUUUUUAAUCCUGUUU